UUUACACACAUUCGAGUGCUGGCGCGAAACGCGAGAGUGCCACACACUUGGGCUUGCGUUCGAAAUCCGCUGGCUCCACACCUUGAUGAUUUAUGUAGGAGCUUAAACAAAUGAAGAUGGGGCCGACCGGACGAAAUUGCUAGCGACGAGCGGGCUUGUGACGGAAUGUCGACUGGGGUGGUCGCUGCGGGCGCCGCAGCGUUCGCGCUCUAUGUAUAUCUUAAGCAGAAAGGUGGCGUCCAAGACGGGGAGUUUGAGCCUGCCCUGCCUCAGGAGUUGAGCAGAAAUGCCCCCGACCACGCUCCAAACAACUGGGGCGAGGCUUUCUUCCACGUGAAAGAGGUCUUGAGGUACAUGAUAAACGAGACGCUGGGCAAAUGGCAUACGAUUGACUUUUUCGUGGGUCUGGCGUACCUUUCAAACCGCGAGGCGCUUGAGUACCCUGCUGCAGACAUCUGCGGCAAGGGCAUCAACGUGCUCAGGUCCGACCUGACCAUGACUGAGCAGCUCAAGCUGCUGCUGGAGCUGCAGGAGGUGCGGCGCUACAUGCUGUACUGCAAGGGGCUCAAGCAGCGGCGCGAGGAGGCGCAGGCGCGCUUCUGGCGGGAACACCUGGGCGCAGACACGCUGUCCAUCCUGAAGCAGCAGCCCACGGCGGGCGUGCUGCGGCCCGCCUACGUGCUGGUGGCUGACCACGUGCUGCGCUGCGUGGUGCUGUGCAUACGCGGCACACACUCCACCAAGGACCUGUUCACCAGCCUGGCGGGCACCGCCAAGCCGCACCACGUGGUGGACCCCUCGCUGCCAGGCGGCCUGGUGCUGGGCUGGGCGCACCUGGGCAUGCUGGCGGCGGCGCGGUGGCUGGCGCGGCAGGUGGCGCCGGAGCUGAGGCAGGCGCUGGCGGAGCACCCGGGAUACGAGCUGCGGGUCGUGGGCCACUCCAUGGGCGGCGGCACGGCGGCGCUGCUGACCAUGAUGCUGCGCAGCGGAGUGGGCGGCACCACCGGCGGCGCCAGCUCCAGCACGGCAGCGGCGCCUGGCACACACGGUGACAGCCCGGCGGAUUGUGCUCACGCCGCCUCCACGCAUCCAGCUCAGCCGUCCGACAGUCUCAUGGACGCCGCCGGCACCGGGCCCGGCACCAGCACCGGCACCACGCCGCGCGAGCCGCCGCCGCCGCCGCCGCCGCCGGCCUACAGCCCACACACAACCCACACGGCGCCGCCGCCUCCCGCGCGCGACGACCCGCUGCGCACCGCGCGCUGCGUGGCCAUCGCCUGCCCCGCCACAGUGACGCCGGAGCUGGCGGCGGCGUGCGGCGGCUUCGUGACCAGCGUCAUGAACGGCACCGACAUCGUGCCCACCUUCUGCGCCGCCACUGUGGACGACCUGCGCGAGGACGUGACGCGCAGCAGCUGGUUCAGCGAGUUCAGCCGCGACAUGCGCAGCGGCGUGGUGCGGGCGCUGCAGGGCGGCGUGCGCGGCGUGGGCACCGCCACCCAGUGGACCAGCCGCAACAUCCUACAGCCGGCGGUGGUGCCCUUCCGAGCCUGCUACACCACCACCACCACACGCCGCACCCGCCGCCGCACCGUCAGCAACGUGCCGCAGCAGCUGCAGCAGCAGCUGCCCGCCCCGCCCGCCUCGCCGCUGCAGGCCGCGGAGCAGCACGAGCAGCUGCUGCUGGCGGCCGGCGCUGGAGGCGGCGCCGCCGCGGCUGCCGCGGCAGCGGCGGCUGUCGCGGCGCUGGAGGCCGGCGGCGGGCCGCUGUCUCCCGCGUCGUCGGCGGCGGCGCUGACGGCGCUGACGGGGUCUGGGCUGCAGUCGGGGUCGCUGCCGGCGCUGGACCCGCCGUCAGGGGGCUUGGGCCCGCUUCCGGGUCAGGCGCCUGAGGAGAUGAGCAUGAGCGGGCGGGCGGGGGCGGGCGCCAGCGGGCUGGACCCCCGGGCCGUGGCGGGCGCGGUGCAGAGCUGCAUGUAUGCGAUGAGCAAUGCCGUCACGGCGCAGCAGCAGCACCAACACCAACAUCACCAUCACGGCCGCCGGAGAUCGGUCGAGCGGCCUGCCGACCCCGCCCUGGCGGAGGCGCUGGGUAUGUUGGAGAGCCUGCCGCCCGACCUGGGGCCGCCGGCGCCCCGGGGCCCGGGGGCCGAGGGUUCGGCCGGGCCCGCCUCCACCUCUGGGCGCGUGGGCCUGUCCGCCUCCCUGGGCCAGUCGGAGCCGGAGCUGCUCAUGGGCAGCCGCAGCAGCCUCCUCAGCGGCAGCAGCAACAGCGGCGUGAGCGGCGGCGCGGGCGGCGGCGGCGGGGGCGGCGUGUCCAGUGCGACGUCGUACGGCAGCAGCCUCAGGCGGCGGCUGUGGUUUUGGGGGCAAGGGCAAGGGGCAGACGGGUCGGCGCACGGGGGUCCGCUUGACGGCGGUCCCGGUGAUGGCGGUGGGUCAGGGACCAGCGGCGGCCUCGGCGCGCCCGGCGCCGGCGCUGGCUCGGCUGGCGGUUUGCCCACGAGCAUGGCCGCAUCGGUCGGCGCUGGCGGCUCCACGGGUUCAGGUGCAGCGGCUGCCGGCAGCGGUGACGCCGGCGGGCCGAGUGGCGGCGCCGGCGGGUUCAUGUCGCCACCGGGCCGCGUCGUACCAGACAGCCCGGGCAAGGCCAAGGCCGCGGCGGCGGGUGCCGGCGGCGCGGGAGGUGGUGGCGGCGGCUCGGCGGCAGCUGGCGCGUCUCGCUCUCUUGGCGAGUGGCUGUGGCGCGGCAGUGGCUCGGGCUGGCUUUUCAACACCUGCACAGCGCCGCGGCGGCCGACGGCGAUGGCAGCAGCGGGAGCAGGAGGAGGCGGUGCUUCGGGGCGGCUGGCGAGCGGCUUGAUGGGCGGCCUGGGGAUGUGUGGCACUGGCGUCGGUGUCAGCGGCUGGGGCGCGGCGGGCGGGCAGGCGGCGGCGGCUGGGUCCGCGGCGUUAGUCGCUGGCGGCCAGCAGAGGCCACUCAGGAUGGACGUUGGAGGUGGCUUCGACGACGAGUCGGACGAGGAGGCCUCCGACGUGCCGGACGGCGCCUCCGACGACGCCGCUGAGGGGGCAGGGGGCGGCGACGUGUCCGAUGAAGAGCUAGAGCUAGAGAUGGAGGAGGACGAGGAGGACGAGGAGGAGGAGCCGGGCAGCAGGCGCGCAGGCAGCAGCGGCCACCGGCGGCCGGGCGGGCUGGGCGCACUGCUGGGUGACGUCAGCGGCGGCGGCGCGGGCGGCGGCGGCAUGUCGGCUGGAGGCGCCGCCACAGAAGAACAGCUGCAGGCGGGCAUCACAGCGGUGGUGGCGGCGGUGACCAACCAGGCCACUCGCGAGGCCGAGGCGGCGGCAGGCGGCGGCAGCGGCCUGCUGCGGGACGAGACCACCCGCGCGGCCGAGGACGUGCUGCGGGAGGUGGGCGAGGUGCUGCCCAGCGAGGCGGAGGCGGAGGCGGCAGCUGCGGCGGCGGCGGCAGCAGCCCGCCGGCGCCGGGCGGGCGGCAGCAGCAGCGGAGCUGCGCGGCGCACGGGCGGCAGCAGCCGAACCGGCGGCAGCCGUGGCGCGGCCGGUGCCGUAGCGACGGCAGGCGCGGCAGGAGCGGGUGGCUCCGGGGGCUCCGGGGCGGCGGGUGGCGCCUCAGCGUUCCGAUCUGUCAGCAUGCCGCACGGCGUGUCCUUAUUGGAUGGCGCCGGUGCCGGCAGCAGCCAUGACGCCACCAGUCCCAGCGGCGGCAGUGCGGCGAUGGACAUCCCCGCACGUGACCCCGGCGGCCGUAGUGCUGCUGCCAGGACGCUCGGGCGCGUCGCAUCGGAGGCGUGUCGUGUGGGCUUCUGCGGCACCGCCUCCGUGGCGGACGAUGACGCGGACGCCGGCCUGCACAGCCCCAUCGGCUCGCCGGGCGGCGUGGGGGGCUCUGUGGGCGGUGGCGAUGGUGGCGACAGUGCCCGCCGCCGCUCUGCCGCCCACACCGCCGAGCACGAGGCGCGGCUGUACCGGCGCCGUCUGUACCCGGUGGGCCGCAUCCUGCACCUGUUCCCCGCUGCGGCGACAGCCGGCCGCCAGCAGGCGGCUGCUCCUGGCUCUGCUGGCGCAGCCGCGGGCGCAGCCGCGGGCGCAGCCGGCACAGCCGCGUCCACCACGGCUGCGGACGCGGCUGCGGCGCGCAGCUCGGCGGCUGCGGCACCGUAUGUGCUGGUGGAGGUGCCUGACCCGCGCGCCUACUCGCGCAUCCGGCUGUGCCGCACCAUGGUGUCGGACCACCUGAUCCCCGCCUACCUAGCGGCGCUGGAGAGCGUGCUGGGCCAGCUGGAGGACCUGCAGCAGAGCGCCGCGCGCGCGCAGUGGGAGGCCACCGAGGCGGCGGAGGCGCGGGCAGUGGAGGCGCGGGCGGUCUGAGGCGGUGCGGCGGUGGGGCGAUGUCAAGGGCGCGUACAGGGAAGAGGAGGUGCGCGUGGCGCAGGGGCCGGGAUGUGAGUGCGAGGUGAGGGUUGUGGGGAGUGGGUGAGGUGGAGGGAAGGUGGUGGUGCGUGGCGAGGGUGACGGGCAUGGGUGAUGGGGUGCGAGAGCGGGGAUUGUAAGGCUAGUAUGGACGGCAGGAUGAGGCGGCGGGGUGGAAGGCUUAAGUUCGCAGCAUUAGGGCGGAGCCCGUGUUUAUACGUGGCAGCGACAUUGGUGUGGGAUGGACGCAUGAUUGAUGAAGCAUGAUUGAUUCUUGGUACCGGUCAGUGGACGUAGCGUUGGCAACACAGCAUUUGUGUGGGCAGUGAGGCUGGGCUGUACAUGGAUGGGACAGGCGGGACCCCAGCCCAACAGCUACGGGGUAUUAUUUGCUGCCCCGGCGCAGGAAGAUACGCUGUCCUUAGCCUAGUGAAAUCUGGGGUAUGAUACAUAUGCGGAGCGCAUGGCGAGGGUGCGGAUUUCUUGGCGAGAGUACACUGUGUCUGAAGCACUGCAUGCUGAAUCACGAGUACACGCAUGACUGUGAUGAGACCCUCAGCCGUCUUCAUGGUGUGUGGGGAAGUGCCAUGUCCUGUAGGCACGGCAAGGUCAGGCCAAGCGUACCGGUACUCACAACGAUGCAGCAGUCCAUAGUGUGUCUGUUCAUGACUGCUUGGUACAUUUGAGAGGAUGUCGGGAUCCCCCGCAGACGGCGAGUUGCCCGAGAUGCACUGUAAACUGUGUCACGC